CCAAAAUGUUGGGCAGUGUGUCCCAAUACUUCACAAGUAGCAAAGCAGGGAAUGUCCAACCGAACACCCUCCAAUUGUUCAACGUUCUGCCCCCAAAACAAAGCUGAGCAGAGUAGCGAGACAGGUGGAGGGGGUAACGCGCAACAUUUGUAUUGUCACUUGCGCGCUCAGCUCUCUAUCCUCACUGGGUGACCCAGAGUUGGGACCUCAUGUACAUGGGUAGCGAUAAGGCGCACGUAAAGCAGCAAGUGAAAGAGUUUUGCGAAGGUUAUUGGAUGAUGGACAGCGAAGGAGGCUUGCUGCUAAGUGAAGGAGCAGGUCGAAGAAGGUAAACAGGGAAGGCUAAGAGAAGAGCUUAUAGAAGAGUGAAAGGCGCAAAAUUAAAAACGUGCGAAGCAGCUACGGCACAGGGAGUGAAAACGAGAGAAACAGCUGAACGGCAAUGGCGCAGGGAAGCCACAGUAAUGACGGGGAAAAGAUGUGUAUUGCGCCGCGUCUGAGGGGCAGUUUUGGGGGAGGGCACACGAGGAUGUGUCGGCACAAUGAAGGUCUGACUGGGGGAGGCGGAAGGCGCAGCGUUCCAUGGCCCUUCCCCUGUCUCCUCCCUCUCCUCCAGGCCUGGCUGUCAGCCACCGUAAGGGCCUCUUGUCACUGGCAGCCGCGUGGUCCCGCCUCUUCCUCCUCUCAGGUUAGGUUGCCUCCCCUCUUUUGUGAGUUAUAGCAACUGUUGCCUUGUGAAUCCAGCGCCAUAGCCACCGUAGUCCUGGCGACUGUUACCCAUCAACAACAACUACUCCUCUCCUCCUCAUCCUCCUCCUCCACCGCCACCACCACUACCAUCACCUUCUCUCCACCCUCAUCAUCAUCAUCAUCCCCAUCACCCCAACAACAACAGCCAACAACAACAUCACCACCACAAUAAGCCACAGCCAAGAUGCGGCUGAAAAGCAAUCUAGAUGAAGUUACAGCAACAGGAACAUGCCAAGACCAUGCAAUCGAGACUCACAGAAGCUGGAUGCAGCAUGGAGGUGACAUGUUCUUUUUGAGGAAAGGGUUGGAAAGAUGUGAAGUGGGGAAGACUACAAUGCAGACAUCAGAAACAGUGUCGGACACGGGUUCGACAGUGACUCUGCAGACAUCCGUGGCAGGUCAAGCUGCAGUUCCUACGCAGGUGGUACAGCAGGUUCCAGUACAGCAACAGGUUCAGCAAGUACAGGCUGUCCAGCAAGUGCAGCAUGUUUACCCAGCACAAGUACAAUAUGUUGAAGGAAGUGACACAGUCUACACAAAUGGAGCAAUCCGGACAACAACAUAUCCUUACACAGAAACCCAGAUGUACAGCCAAAAUACUGGUGGGAAUUACUUUGAUACCCAGGUUGGAUCAGCACAGGUGACAACAGUGGUCUCAACACACAGCAUGGUGGGAACUGGAGGAAUUCAAAUGGGUGUCACUGGAGGACAAAUCAUUAGUAGCACUGGUGGAACUUACCUGAUUGGCAAUGCAAUGGAAAACUCAGGCCAUUCUGUGAGUCAUACAACUCGAGCCUCUCCAGCAACAAUUGAAAUGGCGAUCGAGACACUGCAAAAGUCUGACGGUCUGUCGAGUCACAGAAGCUCUCUUCUCAACAGCCAUCUCCAGUGGCUGUUGGAUAACUAUGAGACGGCAGAAGGAGUGAGUCUCCCUAGAAGCACUCUGUACAAUCAUUACCUAAGACAUUGUCAAGAGCACAAACUGGAUCCAGUCAAUGCUGCAUCUUUUGGAAAACUCAUACGGUCAAUAUUCAUGGGACUGCGUACUCGAAGACUAGGGACCAGGGGUAACUCCAAGUACCAUUACUAUGGGAUUCGUGUCAAGCCAGACUCCCCUCUUAAUAGGCUACAAGAGGACAUGCAAUACAUGGCUAUGAGACAACAACCCAUGCAGCAGAAACAAAGGUACAAGCCUAUGCAGAAAGUGGAUGGAGUGGGAGAUGGAUUUGCAGGUAGUGCGCAGUCUGGUGCCUCUGUUGAGCAAACUGUGAUUGCCCAAAGCCAACACCAUCAACAGUUUUUAGAUGCGUCUCGAGCUCUUCCAGAGUUUGCAGAAGUUGAAAUAUCUUCUCUGCCAGAUGGUACAACCUUUGAAGAUAUCAAGUCAUUGCAGAGUCUUUACCGAGAGCACUGCGAGGCGAUAUUGGAUGUUGUUGUUAAUCUACAGUUUAGCCUGAUUGAGAAGUUGUGGCAGACUUUCUGGCGUUUCACUGCUUCAUCUCCAGCAGAUGGUUCCACCAUUACAGAAUCAGGAAACCUGAGCGAAAUAGAAAGCAGACUGCCCAAGUCAAAGCUGAUUUUGCUGUGCAAAAAUGAGUCUAUUGUAAAGUGGAUGUGCAACUGUGACCAUAUGAUGUACCAAGCCUUGGUGGAGAUCCUCAUUCCUGAUGUCCUAAGACCAAUUCCUAGUGCCUUGACCCAAGCCGUUCGCAAUUUUGCAAAGAGCCUUGAAGGUUGGCUCUCUAGUGCCAUGAGUAAUAUUCCACAAAGAAUGAUACACACCAAGGUUGCUGCUGUAAGUGCCUUUGCCCAAACUCUGCGCAGAUACACAUCCCUUAAUCACUUGGCUCAAGCAGCUCGUGCAGUGCUGCAGAACACAUCUCAGAUCAACCAGAUGCUGAAUGACCUCAACCGUGUGGACUUCGCCAACGUCCAGGAGCAGGCUUCCUGGGUGUGUCAGUGUGAUGACAGCAUGGUGCAGAGACUAGAAACAGACUUUAAGAUGACUCUCCAGCAGCAAAGCACUCUGGAGCAGUGGGCUGCUUGGUUAGACAAUGUGGUGACACAAGCCUUGAAACCUUAUGAAGGACGACCCAGCUUUCCUAAAGCAGCCCGACAGUUUCUUCUCAAGUGGUCAUUUUACAGUUCUAUGGUUAUUCGAGACUUAACCUUGCGCAGUGCUGCCAGCUUUGGUUCUUUCCACCUGAUUCGCCUUCUCUACGAUGAAUACAUGUUUUAUUUAGUUGAGCACAGAGUUGCCCAGGCAACUGGAGAAUCACCGAUUGCAAUCAUGGGAGAGUUUGGAGAUUUAAAUGAUGCAUCACCAGGAAAUAUGGAAAAAGUUUCAUGGUUGUUUGUUUGUGCAGAUGAAGGCAGCGAUGUGGAAAGUGAAAUAGAUGAAGAGCUUGAUGACUCUGGAGAGCCCCCAGCCAAGAGGGAAAAGACAGAGCUAAGCCAAGCAUUCCCAGUGGGCUGCAUGCAGCCAUCACUGGAGAGUAGUGUUCAGCAAAGCCUGGUCUUAAAUCAGCUGCACAGCGAGCACAUUGUUACCAGCACUCAGACCAUCAGGCAAUGCAGUGCCACUGGAAAUACCUACACUGCAGUCUAGCUAAUAAAAAAGCUUGCAUAAGUGGGAUGUAUAAAUAUUUGUACAUCAGGCUAAAAUGAGUGGCAGCAGAACAGCUUAUGACUGAAAUGUGACUGUUUCUGGCCUUUCUGACACACCUUUUUUUAAUACUUACCCCAAACAUUGGCCCCUCCAACUCUUACAUUGUACAAUAGAUUUUUCAGACAUCUCAUUGUUUAUAUUAUGUUUUAAUAUAUAUAUAUAUAUAUAUUGUUUCUCUAUCUGUUCCUUACUACCCAAACCUUUCUUUCAUUUUAGAAAUUGAGUUUGCGUUUCUAUUUUAUUGCUAGCUCAGUAGUAAGUUAAUUAUUUGCACCUCUGUAAAAGUAGAUCAUCUUCAUUUACACUGGAAAUAUAUAAUGUGACAGCUGAGGCAUGAAACAAGGGGACAACCCAAAAAAUGUGCAAGAAAUACUGGUAUAAGUUGUUUAUAUGUGAGAGGGUGUAUGUGUUGGUUAUUGUAAUAUAAUACAAAGGAGUAUAUAUGCAUUCUCUCCUAUGUUGUAUAAGUCAAUAUCAUGAAUUACGUAACUAAAUGCAGCAAGCUAAAUAAGUGCGUUGUAAUGCAAGUGAAAAAAGUAUAAUUUUUGUCUAAUGGUCAGCAACACAAGCAAUUUCCGUUAAUUGUGUUCAUUAAUUUUUGGCUUGACGUGUAAACUCUAAGGGGGUUCAUUAAGAGACUGUGUAAGUGGGUCAGAAAAGAAAUUGACAGCGUAAUGUACAUAGGCCCUAGAACGUGUUAAAUAUCUCUUAAGCGUUCCCCUGCUUCUCCGUUGGAAAACUACUGAUCCAGUGAUGGGCACACUUGCGCAGAUGUUAUAUACUGUUAAGUAAAGCCCAUAUUAAAUGGGUAAAGAAACCAUUAAAAUAUAAGAACUUAGGCAAACGUACCUGAGAUAAACUAAAUUGUUUACUCCUUUCUCCCUGGCCUGGGUACUAAAUUUUUGGAUAAGAGUGUUUGUAACAACAUGAGUAGAUUACAUUCAUCAAAUAUGGGGAUCCUGAUAUGUGGCAUUCAGAAGUCUGUAAUAAGACUUCUGAAAGAAAAAGAAAGUCAGGGAGAGAGGGUUAAAGAAGCACAGGCUGGCUAGAUAGGGUCUGAAUUUAGAAAAUGGCUUUCCUUUGUUCUUAAUUUUGUAACAGUACGUAAUUGCACUGCUGUGUACAUACAUAUAUAUAUAUAUAUAUAUAUAUAUAUAUAUAUAUAUAUAUAUAUAUAUAUAUACAUACACACAUACUGUAUGUGUUAUCUGCAAUGCUUGAGACCUGACGUUUUCUGGAUGGAAAGGAUCUUUCUAUAGUUUGGACCACCAUACCUUACCUCUGGUUAAUAUUAUUCAAACAUCGCAUUAACCCAAUAGGAUUGUUUUGCUAACAAUAUGAAUUCACGCAGCUUCAUUAUUGCAAGGAAAAAUUAAAUCAUUUUUAAAAAUUAGAAUUAUUUGCUUAAAAUGGAGUCUAUUGGAGAUGGACUUCCUGUAAUUCUGAAUAACACGUUUCCAGUGGCAUAUAUAUAUAUACAGUAUAGACUGCUGGAAAUUUGACAACCAUUUGUUCUUGAUAUCAAUGCUAAAUGCUAAAGUACUUUGGAACUGAGAGCACUAUUGAGUAUAUUUUUCGUCUUCAAGGGUUUUCAGUUACCAAUCUAACACUGACUGUAUUCAUCAAAUUAGGGAGACAGUUGCUCCAAUGUAUGGUUAUAGCUUUGGUAUUUGGUAUAAAAAAUUUCUAUAAAUGAUACUUAUUUUAUUAAUGGGUGACCUUAACUAACACUACAGUAAGUCAUCCCACUAACUGCCUAGUGUUUGGUACAUGGUGCAUAAAGUAUACUCAAGAUGUAAUGAUAUCUAUGUUAUCUACUAUGUACCUUGGGCUGGGUGGUUAGAGAGAUUACUUACAGUAGUGUUCUCUAGGUAACCCACUAAUAAUAAAAUUACAGAUUUAUAGGACACCUUCAACAACUAAAACUGAUAGAUGGACUAUUCUAAAUCUAUGAACAAAUGUGAUAAUGUUAACAUCCUUCUGGUCACCCAUUAUUAUAUUAGUAAAAUUAAGAGGCCGCUCUUCAUGCUGUACAAAACGAUAAAAGUCUGAAAAAACAGAGAAACCCUUUGUGAUUUAGUGAAAAAUUAAAGGAUUAUUUUUAGAAAUCAAAAAUAUUUUUACCUCUAAAAAUAUUUCAGUUGCCCAUUGCUAUAAUGUUUGAGCCUGGAAUCAGCUGGAUACAUUUAUAAACUCAUCUCAUUUGUUUUUAAAGUCCAGAACUAUAACAGGACAAACAAAACCACCUUAAGGCCCCUUGUGGACACUGAGUGCCACUCACUAUUAAUUGGUUGUUGUCUCGAAAUUGUAUAGAACAGACUACAACUUUAAUUAUUUGGUGGGAAAAAACACUAGGUUUGUGGUCUGAGAUGACUGGUACCUCUAAGUAGACCAGGGCUGUACAGGAUGCCCUUCAACCUUUGGCCAUCUACAGUGGAGUAGUUGUUGAUGCAGGUUGGACGUUCCAUAUAUAGGAGGUUAAAUAAAUAGCCCUAAUGGAAACUUCAUUGGAUGAAGCUCUUGUGUCUUUCAGCCAUGCAUGAUAGAUUUGUGUGUUAUAGCAAGUAGAUGAAAUUGUGUGAAAAGACUAAAACAUAAUACAUUUUAGACAGUGUACCUGGCUCACCUUAUUGGAACUUAUUCCCGCUCACAUAGGUUUAGAACGGGUGGCUAGACAAACCAUUACCAAUUAAGAAUGUACUUCAGGGAUCACUGUACCUCGCCUAUUUCACAGUGCCUUAAACAGAACUGAAGCUAAGAUGUCGUUUUUUUGGUUUAAUUUUUCCUUUUUAACAUUACUCAACAAUGCGUGUCUGCUUGUUUUUGGCCCCAAAAAGUGUGGACAGCCUUCAUCAUUGCAUUAUAUUUGUAGGCCAUGUUGCUAUGUGCAUUGAGAAUAGACUGCUCUCGACCUUUAGAUAUUUGUUAUUUUUAGUAGUUUCAUGGAAAGUGCAGAUGUUAUUCUGAUAUCUAACACCUAAGCUAAGAGGUUGAUUUAUUAACAAAUGUAAAUAAUUACAGUGCAGUUGCUAAUACCAACCAAUCAGAAAUUAGAUUUUAAUAUUCUACUGCAAGUUAAAAAUUAGAGCAAAGACCUGAAUGGUUAGUACUGUCAACUCCGUUUGUGCAAGUUUGCAGCUUUGUAUGAAAUACCCUUGUAAGUCUCUGGUAACACACAAGUCAUGCGUCUCACCUUAAGGUGUGCAAAGCAAAAUAAAACAAAGACAUGGAAGUCAAGGUAGAUUUUUGGGGAGGAUGGCAUUUUUACAAAGGCUGUUGGAUGGUGGUAUGACUUGUUGACAUUUAUGACGAGAAGAGAUGGUGGACUUUAGCUUUGAUAUGCGGUGUCAACCCCUUCUUCAUUGCCUUCUCUUACUUCAGCCCUGAUUCCAAUAAGGCUGAUAAUUACAGAAGAUAUAAUAUAAAAUCAGGCUUGCAAGUUUCUGAUUACCACAAAUUUCGCAUUCAUCGUGGUGUACCCUAAGGGUCAUUUUCUGCAUGGUAUUUACAUAAUAAAAACAAUGCAACUGUAUCUGUGUGAGUUUCAGAGGAACAUUGCUAUUCUCCACCGUAACUGCUACUCACUGCCUAUAGUGAUUUGAUGUUUUUUUGGAUAUACAAAUCUGGAUUUUGAAAUGCUAAAUGGCAAGUCUAUUGUCAAAUAAUUCAAUGACUUCUUCAUGAUUAUUUUUGUGCAGCAGGAAUGAGUAGCUAUCGACAUUGUGCUGUAUAAAACCAUAUGAUUGUUUACCAUUGGCAGUAUGCAGCUAUCCACAGUGAUAUGGAAAUAGAAGUAAAUCUAGAGCAAUUGGACUGAAGACGUGGACUACUCAUUGGAGCAGCUUCUUAGCUCAGCUCACAUACAGAAAAUUCUUGGCAUGUAAACUAUUCCAAUAAUCCAGUCACAAUGGUGAAAUGUAACAAUACAGAGAGGUGACAAAGAAUAUACCUGAUACAGAAAGUAAUUUACAAACUUUAAUAAUAGCUGAUGACAGCGCACUUGUAGACAGCGAUUGGAGGAUCUGCUUUUUCACAUUAAGUUCACACCAGCAUUUCUUUUGCACUGGCAUUAAUAGUUGUAUUCACCAGCAUGAGCACACAGCUUAGAGGAAAUACAAUUACAGUUGUAAUAAAUAAGUAGAUGAAAGAUAGCUGCCCUUUGAAAUGUGUAAUAGCAUAAAGAUCAUUGGACACACUCACGGUUAUAUCAGUGGAAAUGCAGUAUGGCAAAUUUAGAUACAUACAAAUAGAUAUAGCAGAUCAUUUGCUAACACUACUGCUAAUGUAGGGCAAAAAUAUUGUCCAUUUUUCUUUUAAAAAAAAAUUGGGAAAAUGCUAUAGUUAUAAAAUGCACCUAAAUUGUAGUGUAUAUUUAAUACAUCUGGCUUUAAAAUAUGUUUUAUUUUUGUAUUUGAUUUGUGAGAUAUUAAAUUAUCUCAACAUGAUUUUUUCCUGCUACCAAUGUAUUCCUGCGUUUUGGCACAUGAUGGAAUUAAUAUAUAUAACAAGGCUCUAAAUAAAAAUAUGGUGAAUAAAUACCCCUUAUUGUAAAAUAUAAGGAUAUUAUAAGUCACAGAGGAGUUCUAUGACCAUAUGCUUUUAUAUAGGUCAUGGAACUCCGAGGUUACUUAUAACAUCCUCAUAAUUUCCAACAAGGGCCACUUUAUUUAUUUAUAAUACACAAGAUUUAGUGACCAAAAUUACAUCACUAAGCUCCAUUUAUAACUGAUGACAUCAAGAGCUGUAUAUAUAUAUAUAUAUAUAGAUAUAUAGAUAUAUAUAUAUAUUUGGUUCAGGCAAAAUACAGGCAAUGGCUCUGGGACUUGGUAUGAAUCUAGUUUGGGCCUACUAAAAUAGUGUGUUGUGAGCAGAAGAAAAACAUUAGUUUGUUGAUUAAUAUUACAUUUAUUAAAAAUGAUAUACAUUUGAUGUAUUUAACAUUCAUUACCAUUUGGGUGCAUUUUACAGCUGUGACAGUUGCCAUUUAGCAUCACUUUGUAGCGGCUUCUGCUUGUUCUGAAGUGUUGUUCUUAAAGGGAUACUGUCAUGGGAAAAAAACAUUUUUUCAAAAUAAAUCAGUUAAUAGUGCU